ACAUAGUCAGCCUCUUGCCUCAACUGUGUGAACAAUGAAAACUAGAUGCAGAUGUUUCUUCCUUGUGCUGCAGAUGUGGUGUAUGACCCUGACGUUGUAGAAAGUCUGGUGAAGCUGCUGUCCAAGAUCUUGAGGUGUUCGUCUCCUGAUGUCCCCCCUGAGGUCCUCAUCUGCUCCACCAUCAGAAACCAGGAGACGUACAGUGGCUUUAAGCUGCAGCUUGAAAAAGCAGGAAUCAGCCAUCAUGUGAUCACAGAAGCCGUCAGCCACGUGUUCCCUUACAACCGAGACUCUGCUAUAGAAAUGAUCAAACUGUACAGGUGACACAUCUGUAGCACAAUAAAGAUUUUAUUUACAAAUGUA